GCGACUUGAGCAGAUCUGACGGGAACAGAAUCAGGGAAACACUGAUGGGUGAAGUGUUGCACAGCAUCCAAAGGCAGCACCCACGUCCGAAGUGCGUCGUUCUGGCACCAUUGAAGGGUUUCGUCCCCUGGCUUCUGGAAGUGCAUGGGCAUGAGCUUCUCUUGACCUUGGGCUUUGAUCCGUCUUUGGCAUCCUUGAUGUCGAAAGUGUUGACGGCCGCAGAGUCAGCGGAGGAGCUGGACUUGAACCUGUCCUUCGUUGAUUCCGAUGGCGACUUGGUGCACUUCUUCUGUGCGGUAGACGACGGCUUUUCCCAGAUGAGGAUGAGCAUCAACUCAGAGGCCAGUCGCAGGGUGAGAAGGCUCCGAUCUGCUGGCGAGGACUCUCUGGUGGUACUCCUGGAGGACGGGAGCCCUUUGCAAGUGGUGGCUCCACGAAGCUCUGUAGAGGAUGGGAGCUUAACCAGAAUUCAAGAAGUGGCACGGGGUCUCGGAAUGUUGCCAGUUUCGAUGAAGAAGCCCUUGUGCACCUUGUGUGAAAGUUUUUUGGCAAGCAGGAAAGAUGGCCAGUGCCCGGAUGAGGAAGCCAGCUUCCACUUUAAGCAGGGUGCUAUGCUUUCUUCACUACACUGGUGGGGAGAUGAGUCCGUUCAGGGUCUCCGGAGAUCGUGUGGGCUGCUGGUAGGAUACCUGUAUGAUCCCGGAAUGAUGAAGCAGAAUGCCGAAGAUUAUGCCAAAGGCCUUCUUCCGUUCUUGCCAGAGAGACAGUGGCACACAAGUCGCGCCGGCUCCCUGGGCGGCCGCCUAGCCGGACUUCGCCCAGCCACUGAGGAGCUGAUCGCUGAGCUGCUGAGGCUUGUCCAGGAGUUCGGCUUCGUUUCACCGGCGCCCGUGUUCGUAGACCUGGGGAGCGGGGAUGGCCGGGUGGUGAUUGCAGUGGCGCGACGACUCGGCAUCCGUGGGGUCGCCUGA